AUGAUGCUUUCAUGGUUGACAGGCGGCAACCUCAUGUUCAACAACGAAACAGGUCCGCUUCUGGCGCAGAGCUAUUGAGGGAUCCGUCGACCUGCUCCCUCCCACUCCGUAACUACCAUCUCGAACCGCAUACUUCGACCUUUCCUCUACUCAACCCACAUAUACUACCACCUCCGUUCCAUCGUACGAUCAAACGAGCUCUUAGACCUGACCUCCUCCAUUGCUACGCCCCUCAAUGUUCAGCAGCAUCCCGCUCCCGCCGCCGCCGCGAUGACCUCCUCCCCCGCCGGCGCAACGGCCUUCUUCGUCCUCGCCCUCCUCACCAUAUGCGCCCUCGUUCUCCUCCUCUUGCGGUAUUACAUUCCUCUCCGCUCGACCCCCGCAUAUGUCACCAUUCCCGUAUUCCUUUCGAUCGCCCUGCCCGCCAGCAUCGUUCUCCUUGUCCCCAUAGAUCUCGCCAGUAGCGCGGGCACCGACACGGACGGCGGCAGAGGGAUAUGGCUCUCAGACAAGGUGGUAUACAAGUCGUGGCGCGUGGCCUACUGGUUGACGUUUGCGCUGACCUGGGUCAUCCUGCCGUACUUGGGAGAGUACUGCGAUUCGGGGUACCGGGAGCCCAAGGAUCGCUUCUUGUAUGCCGUUCGGAGUAAUGGGCGGUAUCAGCUUAUGAUGCUGGGUUCCUCGGUUGUGGGUGCGAUAUACAUCUUGUGGCAGCAUGGGUUCCACUUUGAUAGCUUCAAGGGGCUGGUCAUGGCACUGGCAUAUGCGUGGGGUUUGGUGUUGGCCAUUUAUCUCAUGGGACAUGGACUUGUAGCCUUUCCGAGGACGCUGUUUCGCUAUGCGAAUAUCAGCCAGAGGUUGAAGAGGAUACAGAGCCAAGCGCCGAAGAUCCACGACAAGUUGACGGAGGCGAUUGAGAAGCUGGAUCAAUACGAGCAUCAGGUGGUGCAGUUGAAACAGAGGAAAACUGGCACAGCGAGGGAGUUCCAGGAGUGGAUUGAAGAGUUGGGCGAGACGGACCACUUGCAGGAAAGCCAGCUGGGACUGCUUCGGCAGAACAGUGCAACAACGGUGCCUCCAGUCAUAACAGCAAGAUAUCUGGCGGAGUUGACGAGGAAGUUGAAGAGAGCAAGGCAUGCGCGAUUGAGAUUCUCAGCGGAGUGGGAUCAUCUUGUUGCAAAGGCCGUAAAGACACAGGCGAUCCUCGAUUCGAAAGCUUCCAAGAGACUGGAGUUUUCGAAUUCACCCUUCGAGACACAACGGGAGGGGUUACUGGCGCGAUACACGUGGCUUACACCAUACACACGGUACCAUCUGCAUGUCCAUAUCAUUCCAGCGCUAUACUAUCUGGGUUCCGCCAUCACGGUACUGGCCUCUGCAUCCAUCGUUUGGUCCGAAUGCGUGCGGUCAUUAGAGCCUAAGCUCUCCGUCAUUGGCCUCACAGUCAUACAUCACCCGCCCUCCUCACGAGGCCAAAUCGGUUUCGGCGGCCAAGUCAUCGCCGCAGCCUGGCUGUGCUACAUGUGCAUCUGCGCCUUCUUCUCCAUGACCGAAGUCAAAGUCUGGGGCAAUCGCGCGCUGGUCAAACGUCACACCUACCUCGAAUCCGCGACCUGGUACGCUCUGCAGGUUGCAAAGCUUACAGUCCCUCUGGCGUAUAAUUUCAUCACGUUUACGCCGCCCGUGAUCUACAAGGAUACCAGUUUCCAUCGUUUCCUGGGACGGUUGAUCGACUUGACACCGCUGGGGAAGAACUUCUCCGACUAUUUUCCUACAUUCAUCCUUGUGCCUGUUCUCGCGAGCCUUUUCGGCUUGUACGGAAAAGUAAAGAAUAUCUGUGGUUUCGGCGAUCUAUUAGAAGACGACGAGGAGGACGAAGGAAGCGCCUAUGGCACCGGAAGCUGGAGGGAAGGUCGCGCACUCAUCGACCGGGAAUUGCACGGCGGGAACGGGAAUCUGCUCGGUCUCUCGCGGCGCGGGGCAUCGGCUCUGCCGCCGGAAGACCGGUAUUCAGACGAUCCAGCGACCUCUUCAUCACGACGGGGUCCAGGUGCAGCAGGUGCUUCGCGGCCGCAGCUGGAUCGGGGGAGGAGGCGAGCACCGCUGCCGGUGGACGAGGACGAGGAUGGGAACUUCUUCUCGGAUUUUGCGACUCGCGUGAGGAAUACGUUUGAGACGGCGGAUUUUGGAUUCACGAGGCCGAGGUGGAUGGCGGGUGGGGAUGAGGCGCGAGGGAGUGGUGGUGGCCGUGGUGGUAAUGGCAGGAAUGAGGGUUGGAGAGCGCUGUUCGGUGGGAGGGGGGAUGAGGGGAGGGUGAGGUUGUAGGAUCGUACUUCUGGAUUCGUUCAUUGUUUGAGAAAGAAAGGUAUCGCUCGGGUGGUAUUAUCAUAAUUGCUUGGGAGAGGUGCUCAUGGUGUUGUACAGUAAUUGGCAUGGCAGGGCAUCUCAUGGCAUGGUAUGGUUUGGCGUAUGAAAAUGGUUCUCCUCUCUUCCCUCUCUGCUUUUUGCAUUGGAGUUGCUUCGGACCUAUCUGAUGUUGUUCGUUGCGACUUUGGUACGACUUUUUUGUUAAACAAGGGACGCGAUACUACGGCGCUAUCCUAUGUGAGCGACAUUACUUUAUUAGACAAUAUCAUCGAUCAUGAGCGCG